AUGGCGAAAAAUACGUUUAGUUCAGCGUUUAGAAAAAUCGACGUCGACCAGUAUUGCGAGGACAAUUACAAGGAGGACGAAGUUGACCAGGUGGGGCCGCAAGGGCCCGACGAAAACGACGUGAAGAACCUACUUUCAAAAUAUCCUUUUUAUGCUAUAGAUAAUGGAAAAGUUAUAGACGCGCUGAAACUAGUAUUAGCCAAUGCUCCAUUAGGAUGUAAAAAUCAACAAAUUAAGGAAAACGCUUUGAACCUCACCUUAAAAGUACUCCUCUCCAUCAAACCCUCGCAAAUAGAAGAGGCAGUCAAUUCUCUAGACAUGGAUCUACUAGACGUUUUAAUGAAAUACGUUUAUAAAGGAUUCGAGAAUCCGUCGGAAGGAAGCAGCGGACACUUACUUGUAUGGCACGAAAAAGUUUACAGCAUCGGCGGUGUUGGUUGUAUUGAAUAUCUAUUAGAAAACGUAUCGACGUUUACCCUCAACCAAAUCUGGAAACACUUGUCCGAUGAAUUGAAAAAAGACGAAGAACUCCAAAGUCGUCUGCCAUGUCUUGAACACUAUAACCGCGACGACGCGAUUAUGCACAUUGAUGGACCGCCACCAGCAAAAUACCGUUGCUUGAUGUGCAGAAAUGUCAACAGACAAGAAAGAAAUAUUGAUAGAGGUUCUAGAUCUUUACGAUAA